CAGUGUUGAACAGAGCCGAGGCGCCAUCACAGGCUGUGAGAUCUCUGCUGGAAAACACACAUUUGGAGUGUAUGAAGUGGAAAGCUGAAGAGACAAGUUGGUGAGUCCUGCUGUUGGAAGAUAACUUGCUCAUCAAAUGGCUGAGAGAGCUCAUCUUGAAAGUUUCCUGAGCUGCCAUGUGUGUUCAGAGACUUUCAGAGAUCCUGUGUCUCUGAGCGGCAGCCACAGCUUCUGUUCAGUUUGUGGCCAGUUAAGGACCUGUGAGCGUCUGUUUCUCAGACUAGAUGCUCUGAUUUUCUUGUCCUCUUGUUCAGUUAGACACUGAGGUCUCCUCUUUCUGUUCUGGUUAGAUCCAGUUUGGAGCUGCUCUGUGACGUGAAUAGUUUCACUUCAGUUUCUAUUUCUCAGAACAAGAACAGACGAACACGUUUCAGGUAGACGACUCACAACAUGUUCAGGUCCAAAGUGAACUUGGAAGUUUUCUGAAGGUUCUGAAGAUAUCUGAAAAGUUCAAUAUUUCCUCUGAAAGACAUCCUGACGCCAUCUGCUGCUGACAACACAACACUGCAGCAUUUCCUGACGUUCAUGUUUCAGCCUGGGACAGACGGAGCUGAACUAGAUUCUGACAGUGUUGAACAGAGCUGAGGCGCCAUCACAGGCUGUGAGAUCUCUGCUGGAAAACACACAUUUGGAGUGUAUGAAGUGGAAAGCUGAAGAGACAAGUUGGUGAGUCCUGCUGUUGGAAGAUAACUUGCUCAUCAAAUGGCUGAGAGAGCUCAUCUUGAAAGUUUCCUGAGCUGCCAUGUGUGUUCAGAGACUUUCAGAGAUCCUGUGUCUCUGAGCUGUGGCCACAGCUUCUGUUCAAGCUGCCUGCAAAAGUUCUGGAAACAAGCUGGAAACAAAAACUGUCCCAUCUGUAAAAGGAAAUCCUCAAAGGAUCAUCCACUUGUGAACUUUUCAUUGAAGGAUCUGGCUGACGCGUUUGCUGGGAGACUGAAAUCUGGAUCAUCUGAGACCGAGAAAGGACAGAAGAAGGUGGAGGUGGUGUGUAGUGAACAUCAAGAAGAGCCUAGAUUGUUCUGUGAGGAUGAAGAUAGAGCUGUGUGUCCUGUCUGUGAGUUUCAGCAUCACCACGGUCACAAGGUGGUUCCUAUAGAACAAGCAGUCGAUGGCCUGAAGGAGCAGCUGAAAUCUGACUUAAAGUCUCUGCAGGACAAGAGGAACAAAUACAAACAUGUGGAGGAAACAUACAAUGAAGUGAUCCAACACUCCAAGAAGCAGCUGCUGUCCACAGAGAGGCAGAUCAGAGCAGAGUUCAACAAGCUCCACCAGUUCCUGAGAGAGGAAGAGGAGUCCAGACUGGCAGCUCUGAGGGAGGAAGAGGAGCAGAAGGGGAAGACUAUCAGCAGAGAGAUGAAGAGGAUUCAGGAGCAGAUCUCCUCUCUGUCAGACAGGAUCUCUGCUGUGGAAGAAGACCUGAAGAAACACAAGGUGGCGUUCCUCAGCAGUUAUAAAGCCACUCAGACCAGAGCCAGAGACCAGAGCUCACUGUCAGAUCCACAGCUGGUCUCAGGAGCGCUGAUAGAUGUGGCCAAACACCUGGGCAACCUGUCCUUCAGAGUCUGGGAGAAGAUGAAGGACAAGGUCCACUUCAGUCCUGUCAUCCUGGACCCAAACACUGCAAGCCGCUGGCUCUACCUGUCUGAUGAUCUGACCAGUGUGACACAUGGAGACACAUAUCAGAAGCUUCCUGACAAUCCAGAGAGAAACACUAAGUAUACCAAUGUUUUUGGAUCUGAGGGCUUCAGCUCAGGGAAACACAGCUGGGAGGUGGAGGUGGGAGAUCAUCCUGACUGGAAUGUAGGUUUGGUUAAAGAGUCAGUGAACAGGAAGGGAGAGAGAAAUGUCUCACCAGAAUAUGGACUCUGGUGUUUACUGCAUCGCAGAGGAAUAUACUUUGAUGUUGUUGGUCAGACUGUCAAAGUGAAGAAGAGUCUCCAGAAGAUCAGAGUCCAGCUGGACUAUGACAGGGGGGAGGUGUCCUUCUACGCCCCUGAAGACAUGACUCACAUCCACACUUACAGAGACACUUUCACUGAGAAACUCUUCCCAUAUUUCAGUGUUGGACAAGCUGCUGAUGCAGAAACCAAAGAAAUCAAAGUGUGUCAAACUGAUAUUUCUCUGUGAUGUUCAGGAAUGAAAGUUGAUUUUUAACUUUUACCUUCAAUAUUUGUUGUAUCAGGAUGGUUUGAGGUUCAUUCCACUCUAAUCUCAUCAUCACACUUUACACCCAAAGCAGCGCUCUGGAUCUGCUCGUCUUUUGAUUUUCUCUUUUACAUCUAAAGUGGAUUUGAUUCCAUGUUUUGGCUCCUCACUGUGUCUGUGCUCUCAAAGAAAUGACCCAAAGUCUAAGUACGUUUAAAUUGAAUUUUGGCUCUGGAUCUUGGUCAUCAAAGCUCCAACCUGUUGUAUCAUCAUUGUGUCUGUCUGUAUCUAUCUUCAUUAUGGUGCAGAGGUUUUGCGUUACUGUAAUCUUGGUGCAUAACCACGAACAAUACAAGAAAAAUAUGAAUUCACAGAUAAUGUUUAGAAUUCUACAGAGAUUUGUUUCUUCUUCUUUUCAGUAAAUGAAGUCACAGUUAGAAUGUAAAACUAAAGAUUCAAAUUACAAAGAAAAUGUUCAGUUGUUAGUAUGUGCAGAAAUAUGAGCCACAUAUGGAACUACACAUGAUUACAGAUGAAUCUCAAAUAUGAAACAGAUUUUUACUUCUUUACUUUUUUGUUGACACAUUAUUUCAUGUGUUGGUUCAUAGUUUUGGUGUCUCUUUGUUUCUACAGUGCAGAGGGUGAAGGUGUGUCCAAACUUUGGACUGCUCCUGUACGUUUGGCCAAACACAACAAAGUGAACUGAAAAACAAACAAAUCCAAUGAAAAUAGUCAAAACAACAAUAACAAUAGUUAAUAUAAAACGUAAUAAUGUGAACCCAACAUGUCCGAAAAGGAGUAGGAUGAAGCUUAUGCUUAUUUAAACCUACGCCUUCUCCACUA